GCCAAUGCGAUUCCCACCUGCGACAGGUUGCUCUUCGCACCAAACACUUGGCCGCUCUCAAUCAUUGGCCAGCCUUAAGCACGCAUCGAAGGCUCAUCGAAUGCAUCCAAUGCAACGCAGUCGCUUAGUCCAAAAUUCAAGACAAGCAACUCGUCACACCAACAGCACAUAGCAUCAUCUUCAGUAACGCUCAACUGUCGCCUUUCCGACCGAACCCCCGCAAUGUAUUCUCGCAUGAUUGCCCCGUAACGAUGUCAUGCCGUGGAGAGCGCUGCACUUCGCAGGUACAUGGCUCUUACCGCUGGCGUACCAGACAGAGCGUGGGCGACAAGGUCAUCCAAAUUAGGUUCGCUUCGGCUCCAAUGCUCAAGGAAUAUUUCUGGCGGCUGCGAUCGGUAGACAUUGUCGUUGCAACACGCUGCGGUCAUGCCAACAAAAGCGGGGGACACCCUGCUUCUCGUACCAUUGCUCUGGUCAGAACGAGCAUUGAUCGACCGUUCCAGAAUACCUCUUCUUGCUCGCCCUUGGAAAUGACGGGUGUCCAGUCACCCUGCGCUCUCGGUCUGGGAGCUAGUUGUAAUAUUGCUGUAUAUGUAGCACCUAGAUGAGUGGCUAUAUCUCCAAGACGCUGGAA